AGAAUAUGGAAAAAGGGAAAAAGCUCAAAGCGGCAUUGCACGAUUGACAUCAGUAACCGCGCACGAGCUCGCGGUAGUUGUCGGAAUAUUUUCUAACAUUUUAUUAGUCACCUAUCGUUAAAUUGUCAAAUACGUUUCUCUAACGUUUAAUAUACACGUUGAUUAUUAAAUUAAAAAUUUCCAAUUUUCAUAAAUAAAUAAAUAAUCUUCUGGAAUACUGAUCAUUGACAAAAGAGCUUAUUAAAUAUUUCAAUAAUGAUUCGAACAUUGUCCACUAAUCUGAUCAUCAGCCUCGCUUUCAUUGUCUGUACUUACUUCCGACCAGCUGUAACUAUUGAUCUCAGCCGAUUUUAUGGACAUGUUCAUUCUAAACGUUCAGGGGAUGCUUGCCACCCUUACGAGCCAUUCAAAUGCCCCGGAGAAGGAACAUGUAUUUCUAUACAGUAUUUAUGCGAUGGAGCCCCAGAUUGUCAAGACGGAUAUGACGAGGAUCCUCGGCUUUGUACAGCUGCAAGAAGACCACCCGUUGAAGAAACUGCUAGUUUUUUGCAAUCUCUUUUAGCUAGUCAUGGUCCGAAUUACCUCGAAAAAUUGUUUGGUAGUAAGGCGAGAGAUGCAUUAGCACCCUUGGGUGGCGUUAACAUGGUGGCAAUUGCACUGUCUGAAUCUCAAACGAUUGAAGAUUUUGGAGCUGCAUUACAUUUGAUGCGUUCAGAUCUUGAGCAUUUGCGUUCAGUAUUUAUGGCAGUUGAAAAUGGUGAUUUGGGAAUGUUAAAAUCACUGGGAAUCAAAGAUUCAGAACUUGGUGACGUUAAAUUCUUCCUUGAAAAGCUUGUAAACACAGGCUUCCUUGACUAGAGUGAUUAAGACUAAAGAAAAUUUUAAAAAGCAGUGUCUCUUAAUGAAAUAAUAUCGUCACUGCUAUAUUUUGCGCGGUUAAAAAUAUUAAUAUACAUAUCUUUGAAUAUUGCGAGAUGUUAAAAAUAAUCGAUCGUAUAUUAUAAUUAAAAAAAAAAGUUCAAGUAUAAAAAUAAAUAUUGAAUUUUUUUGCCUUGCAAUUUAAUUUUAUAGGAACAUAAAAAAAGGACUCGUGUUUAUUUUUUUUUUUAUUUUUAUGUAACACAAAAAACUUUUUGUCGUAAUUUAAAAAAAAAUUUUUUGAACAUAUACAUUUUGAAUCUACGGUUAUCUUAAACUGGGGAAUUCAUUACUAUAACUCAUAUUCUCUUUAUAAAUAAUGUCUUGCUAUACAAUCUUUACAACUUUCCUAUUCGAGCUUAUCUACACUAGCUUUGCGUAUAAUGAAUCCAAAAAUAAUGUAAUUCAUUAAUAUUACUGUUUAUUUAUUUACGGGGAGAGGGAGAGUGGGAAAAUGAAGCAUUUAAAAUUUAUAUCUACCUUGAAGUCGGUAUGAUUAUCAUUACAUCAUGAUAAUUAUAGUAAUAAUAUAAAUAUGGAUGGCCUACUGAGAUUAUUAUCGGUAGCACACUCUAUUAUAAAAUAUAUAUGAUAUAUUCAUUACAAAAAAUUGAAUUAAGUGAUGAAAAUCAUUUUUUUAACUUUAUUGUAAUGAUUUUUUUUUUGUCAGUAACUUCUUCCGUUGAAUUAGAUUUCUUCCUAAUUAUACAUGUAUAAGUAAAGGAAUAAUAUAAUCAUUAUAAUGAAAGAUUAAAUGAAAUGGUUUCUGAUAGUCAAGCUGACGGAAAGUUUGCGACAACUGGGCGCCAACUUUAUGAAUAAAAUAAAGGCAAAAGUUGUCAUUCCAUAAGUUGACGGAACGUUGCCUUGAAUUUUCACAAAAAGUUUGCGACAACUUGUAGUCAACAGUUGAAAAGCCUGAAGUUGUCGUCAACUUAAUCACAACUAAUUGACAUCAACUUUCUGAUCAGACAAUCUCGCUGUCAGGGUAAACAUUAACUGAUUACACUGACAAAAAAUCGAUCUUUACCCGCACAUAGGGGUAACAUGUUUUAAAAUUUUUAAUUAUUUGUAAAUGCAGUGAACUUUCGAAUGCACUCAGUCACAUUAUGGCUUUUCUCAAUUCUUUGUCUGGGUACAGAGAUUGUAAACUGAACAAGAAAAAAAGAAGAAAUUUAACGAAGCAAAAAAAAUAUUUAUUUUUCAAUUAAUAUAAAAACUUGCGUGGACAUAUCAGCUGCACAAUACAAUUGACUAAUAUAUAAUCUCAAGUGUGUACGCUUAUUGUAGUUAUAUAUUUUUUAACCAAAGACAUUUGACUUUUAAAUUAAAUGUCAACUAUAUAAGCAUCAUUGUACCUGUCAGUGCACUGUAUGCACUUUUUCAAAAAAUUUUAUUAUUUUAAACCCUUGUCAAAAGAUCAAUUAAUUUAUGGAAAAAUUAUAUUACAAAACCAAAGAUAUAUUUAUCUAUUAAAUCAAUCAUAAAUUUUUGCCAUGGACUCUCAGUAAAAGUUACAUUUAAAUAUAUAUUUCUUUUUGGUUGACGGUUAAUUUUGCGAGACCAGCCUUGAAAACACAAAGGAAUGAAAUAAGAAGUGUAUUUUCCAAAAUCAAAUUUUACCACGUAUAUGGCAAAAAUUUAAAUAUGCAUUUUUUUUUUUUUUUUAAGUAGAUUUCUUAUUGAAUUACGUCUAUUGCAACGGACUCGGGUCUUAUGACGAAAUUU